AUGAGCAAGUUCGGUGCCCUGGUAAUGGGCCCGGCUGGGGCUGGUAAGACCACAUUCUGUGCGGCCGCAAUCAAUCAUCUUCGCAUCAAUAAACGUUCAUGUUUUUACGUCAACCUUGACCCAGCCGCAGAAGACUUUGCAUAUGAGCCAGAUCUAGAUAUCAAAGAUCUCAUAUCUCUCGAGGAUGUGAUGGAGGACAUGGGCCUUGGUCCUAAUGGCGGGUUAAUAUAUUGUCUUGAGCUAAGAGAAGACAAAAGACAUCUUCUUGAGAACCUCGACUUCCUUACGGAAUCCAUUGAGCCUGUCAGUGAAGAGUAUCUCAUUCUCAUCGAUAUGCCCGGACAGAUCGAGCUCUAUACCCACAUACCCAUUGUACCAGCUCUUGUUUCACAUCUCAGAAUGUCUCUGAAUGUCAAUCUUUGCGCUACGUAUCUUCUGGAAUCCACUUUCGUUAUCGACCGCGCAAAAUUCUUCGCUGGGACUUUAUCGGCUAUGAGUGCGAUGAUCAUGCUCGAACUACCGCACGUAAAUGUUAUGAGCAAGAUUGAUCUGAUCAAAGGUUCUGUCAGCAGGAAGGAGCUCAAGCGUUUCAUUGACCCAGAUGCAUCUUUGCUGGAUGAAGAGUCUGUAGACGCUCAUGGCAUAUCUGCUUCAGAUCAAAGCAAGGAAACUAAUCCAGUGGAGAAGUCCUCGAUGAUGGCGGGUGCUAGCUUCAAACGACUCAACCAGACGGUCGCGCAAUUGAUAGAUGAUUUCAGUAUGGUGUCAUUCCUUAGGCUAGAUGUGCAGAAAGAGGAGAGCGUUGGGGCUGUCCUGAGCUAUAUUGACGAUGCAAUCCAGUACCACGAAGCACAGGAGCCUAAAGAACCGAACGACGAAAUUGAAUACGAUCCCGAGAAUAUUGAUAUGGGAUAA